GAGCGACUGACACGUUCAUCGUUGGAAACACAAAAACUGGAGCUGAUGUCAGCAAUGAGCGAGCUCAAAUUACAGCAAGCCGUAUUGGAGCGCGAAAAUUUGGAGCUACGCGCCUCACAUUUUAAUAAUAAUACAAUUGCAACGGAUCGAAGAUUGCCGCCCGUACCAAACACACGAAUACGCACCAACUCUUCAUCCGGAUCAAUGACACCGCCAUCAACAUAUCGUCGUCAGCAAGUUGAUAUCCAUUACAAUAGUCUUCCGCGAGCGUCUGCACCAACCACAUCAACACCCAUACAAUCGGCAUCGAGUUCGGCCAAUAAUUCGUCGUCCAUCGAUUCAAAUGCAAAUCCAAAACGAAAUGCCGUCGCAUUCGGUAAACAACUUAUGAAUCAAUACAUCCCGCAUUCAGCGACAAAAUCUGCCUCGAAUAUAUGUCAUCAACAAAUGGUUCUUUGUCAACAACCCGAACCGACAUCCACAUCACCGUCAUUGUGUGACGGUUUUCAAAAACAAAAAGGAGUCUCUGUUCCAAACUUAGCUCAAACCGAGAAGAUUAUCGAUGACAUUGAUGUGCGCCAACAAUCAUCGCCAUCGCCAUGCUCAAUGAGUAGCAAAAGCAAGAGUUUGGGCGGUUUACGGAGUAUUUUUGGUAAAUUGCGACGCAGCAACAGUGGCAAUCUGGAAGAUUUACCUUUGGACGGUGGCGAAUUCCGACGAGGCGGCAUUCGAGCUACAGCUGGACCACGACUUGGCUGGAGUGGUGCACCAACUACAGAUAUUCGACUAAACAAUGAGAGAUCGAAGCCAUUUGCGGAAUGGAGUGUGGACGCGGUGUGUGGUUGGUUUGAAGAGAUGGGAUUGGGCAUUUAUGAGGAUGAUCUGAAAAAGUGGCUCAAAAAUGGUGGUAGCGACCUGAUAAAUUGCUCAUCCCUUGACAUUGAAAAAGAAAUCAACUUAAAAUCCGCAUUACAUCGCAAGAAAAUCGUAUUAGCCUUACUGGAUGUCACUGGCAAGGACACCGAUGAAUUGUUCGUUAAUUCCGGAAAAUUAGAUAUGGUUUGGGUAAUGCGAUGGUUAGAUGACAUUGGCUUGCCGCAACACAAGGAUGCUUUUUCGAAUGCUCGCAUCGACGGCCGUAUGCUUCACCGAUUAACACUAGAAGAUUUGGCCACACUUCAUGUCACAUCGUCACUUCAUGCAGCUAGUCUUCGUCGAGCGAUACAGGUGAUGCGAGAAAACAAAUGGAAUCCCGAUUGUUUAGUGCGACGAUCGUAUAAUCAGCAAAUUGAUGAUGAAAAAGUGUAUUCGCCAAGUGAUUUAUUGAAAGAUAUACAUUUGUGGACGGCACACCGUGUGAUGGAAUGGUUGCGUGUCGUUAAUUUGGCCGAAUAUGCACCGAAUUUACGCGGCGCCGGUGUACAUGGGGCGCUUAUGGUUUACGAAGAUCGAUUCACUGACGAAUUACUUGCCGAUUUGCUCAGCAUACCAGCCACAAAAUCAUUGAUCCGACGACAUUUGUGCACACAUUUCAAAGAUUUACUCGGCCGCGAUAUCAUUCAAAAUAAACGAAAAGCCGAAACAACAUUAGGUUAUCAACCACUUACACUGACCUCUAAAAUUAAGACACCGAAAAAGUCGCAAUUCACGUUAAAACGAAAGAAGAACAUCAAACCAAGCGAUGAAUGGGGCGAUUUAGUUUGCCCAAUAGGAGCAUCAGGUGAAAAUGACCAAAAGAGUCCAAUUCUUUCUUCUACUAAUAACACUAAUACGAAGAAUCCAGCACUGCCAACCGGCGUCGGGGCUGUUUCUCCGGAGAAUAGUCCCAUACCGCAAAAUCACCACAAUCAUCAUCAUCAUCAUCAUCAUCAGUCAGAUGUUCGAAUGUAUCGCGAUUUGUAGCAUUCAGCAUCCGGUGUCGAAAAUUCGGAGCAACACGAUGCAAUAGCAAGUGGAUCGCCAAAGUCAUGUUUGCGAUUAACUUCAAGUUUAAGUUUAAACAAUGAAGAUGUUGACAAACAAUUGCUCCUUUCGACAAGUGUUCCAAUCAAAAUAGGAAAUGAUACUAAUAAAAAAGAGUCGCGCAAAUGCAAUAAUCGUAUUCGUUACACAUUUGGAUUGCGUGCGGUAAAAGCGACAACCGUCGAAAAUCCAGUUUCAAAUCAAAAGGACAACAGCAGCAACGAUGGCAUUGCACAAAAGACAACACCACCAACACCAUUACAACCACAAAAAGAACAGGAACAUGAACAACCAAAAUCAAACUUAGUCGAUAAUUUAAGCAAAAAUAACGCAAAACUGGUUAAACAAACUACAAUCGACUAUUAUGUUUAACGCACGAUAUAUGUUUUCUUCGUUUCGUAGUUUUUAGUGUUAGAAGAAAUCAGUGCCCAAAUUUUUAUGAAACUAAAAAAAAUUAAUGAAUUUAUGUUAACCUAUAAAAUGUUUAUUAUCGUACACAUACAGCAUGUGUAUAUUUUGCUAUUGACCGUUCGUUUUCUUUUCUCUCAUUUGACCAUUAGGAUACAAAUUUGGCAUAAAAUUCAUACUAAUAAUAAGUUGACCAUACACAUAUAUGCACACAAAUACUGAACGAUUUUUCUUCUCGUUUCACAAUUGUUUACCGGCAUAGUAUUACGAACAAAAAUGGACUUGAUACUCAACGCUUUACAAAUUACAAUAAUCGUAGUUAGUUGAGAUUCGUUGAAAAUGGCACAAAACAAUAACAAAAAUAUCAAACCGAAUAUUUGAUUAGAAAAUAAUUUGAACAAACAGAGAAAAAAAAAUCAAAAACAAAAGUCACACGAUUUAUUACGAUAUAUACAUAGUUGAUGUACAAAACAUUGUUUAUUCGCACACAUUUGAUGUUAAACACCGAACCGGGUUAUUUACUAAUGAGCUUAUCAUUCUCAGAAAGAAAAUAAAGCAGCCCAGUUAUUUAACAAAAUUGAAAGUCUCUAAUAUUAUAAACGAGGAAUCAAUUGAAUUGUAAUUAAACAAAAUGAAAAACAA